GUCAUUGUUAUUAAUAUUACAAAUGACAGUAAAUUUACAGUUUCAAAAUUACUUACAAUAUUAAAAUUCAAGAUCUAAUGAAAAUUAUUUGACCCAGUUCCCUAAUUACCAUCCUUGUCGUCAACUAAAAACAGCUUCUUUAUACAAUACAUUACUCAUGGCUGUAACUAUGGAAAUCGAAGAGAGUGUUUCGGACUCUAAGCUUCAUAAGUCCAGUACAUCAAAAAAGGAACUAAGACCUUCCAGCGCUGUAUCUUUAUCCAAAUCUGAUCAUGGACCGGUGCAAACUUCCGCUUCCAUAGACCAGUUAAAGCAAUAUAAGAGUUGGGUAUCUGCGGAAAGGUGGAAUGAAUUAAAGAAGCUUUCCGAAAUAGCUAUGAGAGACCAUAAGGUAUUUAUGAUAAAAGGAGGAGGUUUUCCUGCUGUACGUCGCGCGCUUUUGGAAAGGGGAUGGGUUGAAAAAUAUGAAACUCAUAAGGUUCGUCAUCCACCAGCUAACGUUGAUCCGAAAAAGGCAACAGGGAAAGAGUUAACGAAAGUUGAACGGAUGAUAUUAUACAAGUUUAUGGAACAUCAUUCAGUCGAUUUUCUUUGGACGACGAAGCGCGAUAAGUACGACUGGCUGCUCAGCAACAAAGAAGUUAUUAUCAGCAGAUUCUGCAGGUCUGUAUUUACCACCAAGGAAGGUCUCACAUCGUCACUGACACAAAUGCAUUGGUAUACAGAACCUGGUAUUGCGUAUACUAGAUUUCCUCGUUGCUAUAAUAUUCAUAGUUCCGAAAGCCUAGAAGAAUUUAUUGAUGACUUUAGAAUAACAGCUUGUAUUAGUCUUCUUAAAUGGCUCACUAAUACGCUGUCACCUAAGGGUGAGAUAGCCGUCGUAUCACCUCAGGGUAAGGUUCCAUUUAGUGCACUGGACUUUGCAAUUACCAGGCUUAAUGAAUAUGUGUCAUUUUAUACACAUAAGGAUAUUGAUAAUAUAGAGGAUCAGGCACAACAUAUCUGGGAACAUGAAUGGGACCAAUUUCUGACUCAUCACUAUCUUUUAGUACAUGAGAAUGCCAAGAUUGCGGAAGACAAAACUAUAAACAUAAGACAACUUGAAAGAAGAGCUUCUAAAGUGUUGGCUACUAUGAUAAAUUAUUGGCCCCAAAUUGAAAUUGAUGGUGUUCUCAAUAUAUGGAUCGUAAAACCAGGAAAUAAAUGCAGAGGCAAAGGCAUACAAUUAAUGAAUAACAUUAAAGAUAUUAUUAGUUUGAUUAAUAUUCCAGCACAGAAAACCAGAUACGUUGUUCAAAAAUAUAUCGAAAAUCCAUUGGUUAUUUACAAUACAAAAUUUGAUAUUCGGCAAUGGUUUUUAAUAACAAAUUGUCAACCAUUAACAAUUUGGGUGUACAAAGACAGUUAUUUAAGGUUUAGUUCACAAAUAUUUAGCCUGUCAAAUUACCAUGAAUCUGUACAUCUCACCAAUAAUGCGAUUCAAACCAAAUACAAAAACAAUGAUGAUCGAGAUAAAGCCUUGCCUGAUGAGAAUAUGUGGGAUUGUCACACGUUUAAAACGUACUUAAGACAGAUAGGAAAACCGGAGUUGUGGGAUAGCAAAAUCUACCCUGGAAUCAAACAGUGCUUAAUAGGAGCAAUGUUAGCAUGUCAAGAUUCGAUGGAUAAGCGACAGAAUAGUUUCGAGUUAUAUGGCGCAGAUUUCAUGUUGACCGAAGAUUUUACUCCGUGGCUAAUUGAAAUUAAUUCAAGUCCAGAUUUAGCGCCAACCACGUCAGUAACUGCAAGACUUUGCCCACAAUGUCUUGAGGAUGUUAUCAAAGUUGUUUUAGAUAAAAAAAAUAAUCCGGAGGCUGAUACGGGGACAUUCGAAUUGGUUUAUCGCCAAGUAAUUCCAAAAGCUCCUGCUUAUCUUGGAUUACAAUUGUGUAUUAACGGUAAAAAAGUUAUCAAAAAGACCAAGGAAAAGAGGCAUGAAUCAAGAAACGGUACACCAUUACCUACGCCUGUAACAGCUGGUGAUGUAAUAAUAGAAUCUGACCAACCUGUUCCCCCUGAAUACAAUGGACCAAUAAUAACAGAUUUUCUGAACUGGCUUAAUCCAUACGAUACGUUAGCUACUGAUAAAGAUGGUAUAGUGUUAGCUUCCAAGGAUUCACUUACGGUACGACAGGCUGUUACUGUUAUAAAAUCAAAUAUAAAUAAUAAAAACAGUUCAAAAAAGCGUAAAACAUCCGCCAUCUCUUCUAGGACUCAUCGAAGAAAACGAGAAAGAGACACAGAAUCUAAGCGGUGCAUCAAAUCUCAUUCAUGUUACCAACCUGAAGAUAAUCGAUUAAUAGAACAGAAUGGUCAAAUAUACGUGUCAGCAUCGACUAGUAAGUUGAACAAAACUCUAACGAAUAGAUCGGUUGGUAAUAAACGUUGCUAUAUAGAUCCUGUUGAAUGGGAACGAGAGUCUGCAAGUAUACACAGACCGACGAUAUCAGUUCAAAACAAGGUUCUUGAUAUGAAUGAACUAGGUUCCUCUACACGACAAACUAAGUCAGGGAUAUUAAACUUCCAUCCCACUAACAGACACUGUUUGACAUCUCUAAAUUCGCAUAGUUUAAGUAAUGAUUUGAAUUCAACAAAAAAGUUAACUGCCAUAGGUAAGAGCAUUCGUAAGUUAAGAGAAGAGAGUGAAGUUAAAGAAGUAUCCAUGACUUUCUCCAAAAGUUGCACCUCAGUUUUUACGCCGCGGCCGUACAGAGUAGCGAAGACUCCACUGAAUGAUAUGUUGAACUUUACCCAAAAGAAAACGACUAAUAUUACUAGACAAAUUGGUAAAAAUGUGUUCUAAUAACAUACUGAAAUAUAUACUCAGACACUAUAUAAUAUUUAAUAGACAGAAUUUUAGUCCUAAUUUUAUUACAGCUGUAGAUUUUUAUAGAAAUUGAAUCUAUUAUUACUCAUUCCAUUUGAAUUGUUAUUGCUCACUGAAAUAAAGCGACUAUUGUUUUCCUAAUCCAUACUA